AUGGUUGGCACUGAGAGGACUCUAAACGAACAUUCCACAACCACAGGAAUGGAAGAGGGUUUGACCAGGGUGGGGGAAGUGAUCAUUGAUGGACAAGAGGGGAGGAGGGUGGGGGACCAGGGGUUGUUUCAAAAGUGUUUCUGUCUCAACAUGGAUCCUAUCCACUUCAGCUGCUGGACCAUUUUAUUUACAGUACAGGAGGACUUGACUUCUUUUUUAUGUUAUUUUAUGAAGUAACAACACUGAGUCCUGUUUUAUUAUGUCUGUUCCUAUGAGGCAAAACCAAAUAUGAACUGUGGCAAAUAAAGACAGAAAUCACAAAUCAUCAUAAUGAUAAUAAUGUAUAUGUGACAAUGCAAGCUGUAACAUUUCUAGAGCACACGUGUAACUGCCAUGGAUGGAACAGCAAGGGGGACACUUCAGAGGAAUAUACCGUAUGGGACACUUGGAAAAGACUGCUUCAGUAGAAAAGCUAGUCAUUGCAGUAUAACUGAAACGUCUCCUCUCCAGAUACAUUGUAUAGGAGAGCAGAAGUGAGGAGACUACGCUAUUUUCUGUUCAAUGCUACUGUGAAUCCAUUUUAAUUGUGGUGGUAUUCAUCAUAGUAUUUCAUUAUAUUUAUUUCUAGGUUUUAAUCCAUGGUACUAUUGAAGAGGUCAUGGAACCUUAAAAAUAAAGUCUACCUGGUGCCAGUCUGUAAUUGAUUGAAUGAUGUUUCAUAAUGCUUCCACAAGAGGGCAAUCAUUGACUUCUAUAUAAAAUAAGAACCACCCACUGACAUUUUAAUAUGCCUUUAUUUUACUUACUUCCCAAAUUGUCUUUAGUCAUAUUGUACUCUCCUUUUAUCUACAGUCAAAUGAUUUCUGUUUUGUCUGACUUUCUCAUACAGUUGGUGUUUGUGGGCUGAAUUAACUGCAGCAUAGUGUAGGUCUCUAGGUCAUUUCCGAUGCCCCAGGUUAUCUUAAGUAAAGCAGGUGAAAAGUGGUGCCAGGUUUCUGAUAUAUACUGACCAACAAUAUAAAUGCAACAUGUUAGUGUUGGUCCCAUGUUUCAUGAGCUGAAAUAAAAGAUCCCAUGAAUGUUCCAUACUCACAAAAAGCUUAAUUUUCUCAAAUGUUGUGCACAUUUGUUUACAUCCCUGUUAGUGAGCAUUUCUCCUUUGCCAAGAUAAUCCAUCCACCUGACAGAUGUGGCAUAUCAAGAAGCUAAUUAAACAGCAUGAUCAUUACACAGGUGCACCUUGCGCUGGGGACAAUAAAAGGCCACUCUAAAAUGUGCAGUUUUGUCACACAAUACAAUGCCACAGAUGUCUCAAGUUUUCAGGGAGCGUGCAAUUGGCAAACUGACUGCAGGAAUAUCCACCAGAACUGUUGCCAGAGAAUUGAAUGUUAUUUUCUCUACCAUAGGCAGCCUCCAACGUUGUUUUAGAGAAUUUGGCAGUGUGUCCAACUGGCCUCACAACCGCAGACAACAUGUAACCAUUCUAGGCCAGGACCUCCACAUCCGGCUUCUUCCCCUGCUGGAUCGUCUGAGACCAGUCACCCGGACAGCUGAUGAAACUGUGGGUUUGCACAACUGAAGAAUUUCUGCACAAACUGUCAGAAACCGUCUCAGGGAAGCUCAGCUGCGUGAUCGUUGUCCUCACCAGGGUCUUGACCUGACUGCAGUUCUGCGUCAUAACCGACUUCAGUGGGCAAAUGCUCACCUUCGAUGGCCACUGACACGCUGGAGAAGUGUGCUCUUCAUGGAUGAAUCUUGAUUUCAACUGUACCGGGCAGAUGGCAGACUGUGUGUGGCAUCAUGUGGGCGACCGGUUUGCUGAUGUCAGCGUUGUGAACAGAGUGCCCCAUGGUGGCGGUGGGGUUAUAGUAUGGACAGGCAUAAGCUACGGACAACAAACACAAUUGCAUUUUAUCGAUGGCAAUUUGAAUGCACAGAGACACCGUGACGAGAUCCUGAGGCCCAUUGUCGUGCCAUACAUCCACCACCAUCCCCUCAUGUUUCAGCAUGAUAAUGCACGGCCCCAUGUCGCAAGGAUCUGUACACAAUUCAUAGAAGCUAAAAAUGUCCCAGUUCUUCCAUGGCCUGCAUACUCACCAGACAUGUCACCCAUUGAGCAUGUUUGGGAUGCUCUGGAUCGACGUGUACGACAGCGUGUUCCACAGCCAACAUUCAACAGUCCACAAUCAACAGCCUGAUGAACUCUAUACGAAGGAGAUGUGUCACGCUGCAUGAGGCAAAUGGUGGUCACCUCAGAUACUGACUGGUUCUUAUCCACACCCCUACCUUCUUUUUUAAGGUAUCUGUGACCAACAGAUGCAUAUCUGUAUUCCCAGUCAUGUGAAAUCCAUCGAUUAGGGCCUAGUCAAUUUAUUUCAGUUGACUGAUUUCCUUAUACAAACUGUAAUUGUUGCAUGUUGCGUUUAUAUUUUUGUUCAGUGUAGUUUGCCACAAUAUAUCAGUUUGUCAAGCUUCCUGGGUGUGUGUGUUUUAACCACAUGAAAGCUUAGCAUGUCAGUGGUGUUCUACCUCAAUGCUACACACACACACAACAUACACACAGGGAACAUGAGGGAUGUCUGUGUGUGUAGUUAGUACUGUGUACAGUUUUUAAAACAAGGCAUAAAUGUGUCUUAUUAAAAGGGAUAUUGGAAGAAAAGAGACCUAGGCCUAAUAUUUGAAGUGAGGCUAAGCCUAUGAAAAAUUAAUGGCAACUGAAUUCAUGAAUUCAACUGAGCGUAAAGCUGGUUUCAGCUGCCAAUCACUUAAUCAAGUCAGAAAUGAGAGUGAGAGGAGAGAACUCAUAGCAUGAAAACAGGAAGGAAGCCCCAACAAAUCACCACUGCAAUGGUAGCUCCAUCACUUCCUGAUUCUAAUUCCAGAACUAUGGGAAAAUACAUGACACAAACUACGCUGUAGGCCACAGAAUGAAACGUGAUUACCUGUACUUUCUCAAUGUGUGUAGUGGAGAUAGAGAGAGCGCAUGGGCUGCACCAAUUUUAAUUUGUUUUGAGGGAAACACGUAUGUCAUGGUCAGUAAGACCACAACCAGAUACUAGGCUACGGAAAAAAAGCUGUUUCUCUUCCAAUGGUUCAUGGUAAAUGAGAGGGAUGGUUGAGUAUGACGUGUCAAAGUAGCUGAACUAAUUGCCAAGAAUCAAAUCUUUCUCUUCGCUGUUGCAAAAGUGUCAGCUAGGCAGGAAGGGUGUGAGUGUUGAGUGGUUUCCUCUGUAGUAUCUGAUGUUCAGAAACAGGAGUGAGAGGUGAGAAUAGGGUUUUUGUCGGUAGGUUUUCGUAGUAGACAAGAGAAUCCUACACAAACACAUGCACAGACAAAUCAUGGUGUGGAUGGCAGGUGCUUCACAUUACUACAGUAUUUUUAAAAUACUUUGAAAAAGGUAUUUUAACCCAGAAUUCCCAAAUAGAAACAGAUACGUGAGAAAGUUACAUUUGAUGUAAGCCUUAAGUAUCUGCAAAUAUCAUAAGUUGACACUGAUGUACUAUGGGCAUGCAUGAAAUGCAUCACAUAAAAAUAUAUUGCAUCUUCUAGUUCCAAUGCAUUAUGUGUAAUGCAGUACAGGACAUGCAUGUCUCUGACCAAGGCAUGCGAACCUAUAUGUAUGAUCUUGCUUGUCCAUGUGACUUUGGUUUCCGUUGCUUGCCUGCUUCCGCAAAUACAAAAGCACGGCUCCGCUAUAUUGAGAACACACACGGCUCCACAUAGAUGAGAACCGAUCUACCGACCGACGCUGCGUCGCACAAACCAGAGAUAUGGUCAGGAGCUCAACCGUCAAGUUGCUAGAAGAACACACACCUAACCACCAGCGUAAGUAGUGGAUGCAUGGUGCACUGUGCACUUGCUCUAUCUGUGUGUGAGCUAUUUACACUCAACAGCGUGUAACAAAGUAAUGAAUGAAUAACAUCCGCGCAAAUGACACUUUUCUCAGUACAUACUUGUAAUAUCAGAACAGAAAGUGUAACUUUGAAUUUAUUUUCAUUCAUGCUCUUAGGUCAAAGAAUGUUACUUUGUAGCUUAAUAUCCUUAUUUUUAUACAGUCUAUGCUAAUUCAUUGUAUUUGUCAAUCUGCUUAUAAAUUUCUAAUAAACUAUUAUUUAUUUGUUUAUUUCACUAUUAGUAAACGUCUUGUAAAGCAUUAUACUGUGCAUUAUUUGUUCAGAUAUUUAAUAUGUCAAUUCAAUACUUUGGAUUUAUAAAUAGAUUAUAGAUUAUUCAUAAUUAAUGUAUUUGAUUACUACAGUAGUGGAGAGUUCAAAAGGUACUCGCACUCAAACCAUAAUAAGGAGUAACCCAAGGAGGCCGAGAGGCAAAAAUGAUAUAGGCCUACUUCAUUUAAUCCAUGCUCGAAAGAAUACAAAGGGUGACAGUGAAAUGUGUUAAAAAUAAAACAUAAAAUAAUUUACGUUUCAGACAAGCAUGUAUUCAAUUAAGUAUAUUAUUUUUGCAUCUCAGCCUCCUUGGGUUAUUCAUUUUCAUGGUUUGAGUGCGAGUACCUUUUGAACUCUCUGUAUAUACAGUGAGGGGAAAAAAGUAUUUGAUCCCCUGCUGAUUUUGCCCACUGACAAAGAAAUUAUCAGUCUAUAAUUGUAAUGAUAGGUUUAUUUGAACAGUGAGAGACAGAAUAACAACAACAAAAAACAGAAAAACGCAUGUCAAAAAUGUUAUAAAUUGAUUUGCAUUUUAAUGAGGGAAAUAAGUAUUUGACCCCUCUGCAAAACAUGAUUUAGUACUUGGUGGCAAAACCCUUGUUGGCAAUCACAGAGGUCAGACGUUUCUUGUAGUUGGCCACCAGGUUUGCACACAUCUCAGGAGGGAUUUUGUCCCCCUCCUCUUUGCAGAUAUUCUCCAAGUCAUUAAGGUUUCGAGGCUGACGUUUGGCAACUCGAACCUUCAGCUCCCUCCACAGAUUUUCUAUGGGAUUAAGGUCUGGAGACUGGCUAGGCCACUCCAGGACCUUAAUGUGCUUCUUCUUGAGCCACUCCUUUGUUGCCUUGGCCGUGUGUUUUGGGUCAUUGUCAUGCUGGAAUACCCAUCCACGACCCAUUUUCAAUGCCCUGGCUGAGGGAAGGAGGUUCUCACCCAAGAUUUGACGGUACAUGGCCCCGUCCAUCGUCCCUUUGAUGCGGCGAAGUUGUCCUGUCCCCUUAGCAGAAAAACACCCCCAAAGCAUAAUGUUUCCACCUCCAUGUUUGAUGUGGGGAUGGUGUUCUUGGGGUCAUAGGCAGCAUUCCUCCUCCUCCAAACACGGCGAGUUGAGUUGAUGCCAAAGAGCUCAAUUUUGGUCUCAUCUGACCACAACACUUUCACCCAGUUCUCCUCUGAAUCAUUCAGAUGUUCAUUGGCAAACUUCAGACGGGCCUGUAUAUGUGCUUUCUUGAGCAGGGGGACCUUGCAGGCGCUGCAGGAUUUCAGUCCUUCACGGCGUAGUGUGUUACCAAUUGUUUUCUUGGUGACUAUGGUCCCAGCUGCCUUGAGAUCAUUGACAAGAUCCUCCCGUGUAGUUCUGGGCUGAUUCCUCACCGUUCUCAUGAUCAUUGCAACUCCACGAGGUGAGAUCUUGCAUGGAGCCCCAGGCCGAGGGAGAUUGACAGUUAUUUAGUGUUUCUUCCAUUUGCGAAUAAUUGCACCAACUGUUGUCACCUUCUCACCAAGCUGCUUGGCGAUGGUCUUGUAGCCCAUUCCAGCCUUGUGUAGGUCUACAAUCUUGUCCCUGACAUCCUUGGAGAGCUCUUUGGUCUUGGCCAUGGUGGAGAGUUUGGAAUCUGAUUGAUUGAUUGCUUCUGUGGACAGGUGUCUUUUAUACAGGUAACAAGCUGAGAUUAGGAGUACUUCCUUUAAGAGUGUGCUCCUGAUCUCAGCUCGUUACCUGUAUAAAAGACACAUGGGAGCCAGAAAUCUUUCUGAUUGAGAGGGGGUCAAAUGUUUAUUUCCCUCAUUAAAAUGCAAAUCAAUUUAUAACAUUUUUGACAUGCGUUUUUCUGGAUUUGUUUGUUGUUAUUCUGUCUCUCACUGUUCAAAUAAACCUACCAUUAAAAUUAUAGACUGAUCAUUUCUUUGUCAGUGGGCGAACGUACAAAAUCAGCAGGGGAUCAAAUACUUUUUUCCCUCACUGUACAGUAUUAUUUCUCAUACGCACCGGUCACCUUUGUUUUUAGCCUGAGCGCAAACCCUCAUACUGUCUUAUUACUACAGUAGUGCACAUAGGAUAACACAACUUAUUAUGUAACAUAUAUUUCCAACAGAGAAUAGUGGAAUUGACCUAUGUGCCACAUAGAUUUGAUAGAAUUUUUCAGAUUUGAUGGUUACAGUAUGAAAAGCAUUAAUUGAAUGCUUAUCAAGGUUAAAAGAUAACGGAGAUAUACAGCUGUUAUUCUAUUCGUAUGGGUGAGAGACUGCGUUGGUGUUGUAUUGUCUGGCAUACACUCAGUGGCCAGUUUAUUAGGUACAUCCAUCUAGUAUCAGGUCGGACCCCCCUUUGCCUCCAGAACAGCCUGAAUUUUUUGCGGCUUGAAAACGUUGCUCAAUUGGUAUCAAUUGGUGUGCCAGGAAAACAUUCCCCAUACCAUUCACCACCGCCACCAGCCUGUACCGUUGACACCAGGCAGGAUGGGGCCAUGAGCUCAUGCUGUUUACGCCAAAUCCUGACUCUGCCAUCAUCAUGACGCAACAGAAACCGGGAUUCGUCGGACCAGGCAAUGUUUUUCCACUCCUCAAUUGUCCAGUGUUGGUGAUCGCGUGCCCACUGGAACCACUUCUUCUUGUUUUUAGCUGAUAGGAGUGGAACCCGGUGUGGUCAUCUGCUGCAAUAGCCCAUCUGUGGCAAGGAUCGACAAGUUGUACUGCGCCGUUAUUUGCCUGUUUGUGGGCUGCCUGGACAACUUGCACAAUUCUUGCCAUUCUCCUUCGACUUCUCAUCAACGAGUUUGGGAAACCAUAGACUACCUCUCCUUUUCUGAGUCUCAGUCCUCUCCUGCUCCCUUCUCUCCUCCACAGUGAGGAUGUUAAGAUGCCCAUCCACGGCCUCCUCCCUACCCUGAUCUGUCUCACCCUCUGGCCCCUGUGGAGCCUGCUGAUGCCCGCCCUCUGCCACCCUCACCACAGCCCCUGCAGACUGGUAAGAGCUAAACUUCUUGAACAAGUUAUUAGAGUGUAGAGGAAGCAAAUAUACACUCUAAAAAGAAAAUGUUCCUGGAGGCACCUGCAGGGGUUCCUCAGAUUGCAACACCAGCGAAACCCAUAAAGGUGCCUCCAGGAACCUUUUCCCUGAGGAACCUUUUAGGGUUUUAAGGAUACUGUAGGAACCGUUUAUGUCCCGGCAUUCUAUUAUGAAUAAUAUAAAUAAUAAUACUAUUAACAAUAGUAAUAAUACAAAUAACAUUGAGUGGCACACUUGUAAAGUCACAAAUUAAUUUGAUUGACCUUGAAAUUCACAGAAAUCCAAAUAUGCAAUCAAUAAAGUACAAUGCCAAACGUUGACAAACAUUCAUAUUUAAUGUGAUCUACAGCAAGAUAGGAGCCUAUACUAAUCUGAAUCUUGUGAGAAAAUACAAUAAUUAUUGUCAUCAACUAUACAAAUCAAAAUACCUAAUUUUACUGAUAGAAAUGAUAUGUUUAGACACAUGGAGAAUAUUUCACAGGUCAAUAAUAAAACUGAUAGGCAUGUAGAGACACUAACCAAGCAUUAGCACAUUGAAUAACAGCUUUUCUAAGUGGUUUCUAAAUUGUAUACAGUGGGGGUCUGAAAUUAUUGGCACCCUUGAUAAAGAUGUGCAAAAAUGACUAUAAAAUAAAUAAUUCAAAUACUAAGCUACAUUGUAUGCUCAAAAAAAGGGGAAAUUAUAUAUUAUUUUAUACUAAUACAAUUGCUCAGAGAAAGAGAUUGUUUAAAAUGAUUGACACCCCUGUUUUCAAUACCUUUCAAUACUUCACCUUGCGAGGAUAAGGGCACUGAGCCUUUUUCUAAAAUGUUUUAUGAGUUGGAGAACACAUUGGGAGGGAUCUUAGACCAUUCCUGUGAUGAGUGUGAUAGAAGGAGUCAGGCGCAGGAGGGUAAAUCACCAAAUACAGAGUUUAUUCUGUCGUACACAAUUGCGCUGGAUAGCGACAAACGAAAACAGGCACAGGGGAAACUAUCUACCCUGGCAAUACACGGUACGGGAUACUCCAACAAUAUACAGGCACAGGGGAAAUAUCUACCCUGGCAAUACACGGUACGGGAUACUCCAACAAUAUACAGGCACAGGGGAAAUAUCUACCCCGGCAAUACAAGGUGCGAGUAGCUCCACCGAGCUACACUACUCUCACAAUAAACAAUCACCCACAAGGACAAGGGGGCAGAGGGAACACUUAUACACGGACUAAUGAGGGGAUAAGAACCAGGUGUGUGUAAUUGACAAGACAAGACAAAUGGAAUGAUGAUAUAUGGAGCGGCAGUGGCUAGUAAGCCGGUGACGACGAACGCCGAAGCCUGCCUGAACAAGGAGGGGAGGCAGCCUCGGCGGAAGUCGUAACAGUUCCUCCAUACAGAAUCUUUCUAGAUCCUUGAUAUAAUUCGAUCUGCGCUUAUGGACUGCCUUCUUCAAUUCAAACCACAGGUUUUCAAUGGGUUUCAGGUCUUUGCAAAAAUUUAAAUGUUGUGGCCAAUUACAUUUUUUUGUGUGCUUGGGGUUAUUGUCUUGCUGGAAGAGCCACUCCUGGCAGAGGCAACCAGGUUUUUGGCUAAAAUAUCCUGGUACUGGGUAUAGUUCAUGAUGUCGUUGACCUUAACAAGGGCCCAAGGACCAGUGGAAGCAAAAAUACCACCACCAUAUUUUACAGUAGGUAUGGGGUUAUUUUCUGCUCAUGCAUGCUCAUCUCGACACCAAACCCACAACUGCUGUGAGUGGCCAAAGAGUUCUAUUUUCAUGUCAUCCAACAAAUGUAAACUCCUGGAGUUUGCUAAACAGCGUUGGCACUUGGAUUGGAAGUGAUGCUUUGGUCAGAUGACAUGAAAAUAGAGCUCUUUGGCCAAGCACAUCAGUCGUGGGUUUGACGUCGAAAUGAGAAUACAUCCGAAAAAAAAACCACAACAAUAAAACAUGUAGGUACCUACACAGGAACACCGGCGACCCUGGGACCCCCCAUCAUACGUUAGCAAAAAUAUCACAAUCCAAGUCUCAAAUGUCUCAAGGCUUAAAAAUAAUUUUUUAACCUGUCUCCUCUCCUUCAUCUACACUGAUUGAAGUGGAUUUAACAGGUGACAUCAAUAAGGGAUCAUAGCUUUCACCUGGAUUCACCUGGUCAGUCUAGUUAUGGAAAGAGCAGCUGUUCCUAAUGUUUUGUACAUUCAGUGUAUAUUUCCACACUAUGAGGUUGGAAUAAUACUGUGAAAUUGUGAAAAUUAUGAUAAUGCGCUUUCAGUGUAAGAGCUGUUUGAAAAGACCGCCUGAAAUUUCUGCCUGUUUUGAUGGGAGUGAAUGCGGUGAAUUAGUUCAUAGACUAUUAAGAAAGAGUUCCAAACCUCUCUGCCAAUAACAGCACAUUUUCAGUUUUCCCCUCCCCACUCAAACCACUCCCAGACAUUCCUAGCAAAAUUAUUGCUUUAGAAAUUGCUCUUGCUAAGAAGAAAUGUUUGUUUAUUUUUUACCAUUUUAAUUUCAAACAAUCACAGCAAGGUACUUAAUUGUGACCCAGAAAUGAUUUGAUAUUGAUAUGGAUUGAAUUAAAUUUAAAGUUUGGUUAAAUGAACCAGUUUGAUUAAUUCAGUCCAUAUUUAAAGCCAAAGUUCAGUAUUCUAUGAGCCAGGUGAAACUGUAAUCCACAGCCACUACAAACUUCAGCUAACUUUAGCCACAGCUAGCUAACAAUCAAUGGAAGUGAUAGCUGCAACCGGUUGAUUUCAGUGAAUAUAAAAAAAUCAUCCUCAUGCUCCUAGCCUACAUUGGAAAGUACAUAGACUUUUUGUUUAUAAAAAAAAAAAAAACCUGGGGCCUCCCGAGUGGUGCAGCGGUCUAAGGCACUGCAUCACAGUGCUUGAGGUGUCACUACAGACCCGGGUUCGUUCCUAGGCUAUGUCACAACCGGCCGUGACCGGGAGUCCCAUAGGGCGGUGCACAAUUGGCCCAGCGUCAUCCGGGUUAGGGGAGGGUUUGGCCGUGGGGGCUUUACUUGGCUCAUUGCGCUCCAGCGACUCUUUAUGGUGGGCCGGGUGCCUGCAGGCUGACUUCGGUCAUCAGUUGAACGGUGUUUCCUCCGACACAUUGGUGCAGCUGGCUUCCGGGUUAUGCUGGCGGGUGUUAAGGAGCGCAGUUUGGCGGGUCAUGUUUCGGAGGACGCAUGACUCGACCUUCGCCUCUCCCGAGCCCGUUGGGGAGUUGCAGCGAUAAAACAAGAUCGCAAUUGGAUAUCACGAAAAAGGGGGUAAAAAAAUAGUAUUUUUUAUUCUUGUUUUUACUACCUGCCAUGUAGACAGUAGACACACAUAUAAUGAAAUAGAAAUGCAGAAUCCAGCAGAGGGGAAACCCAUUUUCACAAAAUACUUUUAUGAUGAGACCACUUAACCUUUACAGAAAGCCAGCAAAAGUCUAAAUAAACAUAGCAGAUUUUACCCAUUAGGCCUACUGUACAGGCAGCAGUUUUUCAAAAUGGCCACCAACCAGCUCAAUGGGACCAAAUUAGGCCUAGGUCUACUAAGAGUGGUUUAAAUGGCAACAACUAUUAAAUGGCUUAAAUAGCUUGAGACCAAAGACCAAAUAAAAUUAAACAGAAAUCAGAACAGUGAAUUACAGUCAAAUAGCGAAUUCAUCCAUUAGACAGCUGAAUCAACACACGUUUUCUGAAAAUGUUUUACUUCACCAAAAAAGCCUCUAAAGUAGUUAAAACAGAAAAUGUCCUAUUAUUAUGUUUCUUAAUCACUGCACCACACAGACCUUAGGCCUAGCUACUUAAAACAAAGUUACAGAAUGAAAACCUUGGCAAAAAACCUGAAACCUAUAGAUCUAGGGGAGACUGGGGCACAAAGUAACACGGGCACAAAGUAACAACUAAAUAGUGUAUCUGGGUGAUUCUGCAACUUCGGGCACUUUGGCCCUGCAAGAUUUCAGAAAUUAAAGCAUAUUGAAACACACUUUUACCAGUAUUAUAAUUGUCUUUGAUUUGUCUAGAAACAAUAUCUGAUAAUGGCUGCGAUCGUGCUAUUCAAGAAUGUAUAUAUUUUUGUCAUUUUUCCAAGACAGCCAUAGACAAAUGUCAUUUCCAUCAUGUCAUUAAACAUCAAUUUUAUUUGAAAAUGAAAUAUCAUACAAUUUAUUUAUAACACGUUUCUUAUACAUUUGUACAUUAACUUGUAUUGAUUUUUAAGGUUUUCCUAAUAUUAAUAAUUCAACACGACCCCUGAAUGUAUAAACUUGCCUUUGUGACAGCUGAAAACAUUUAUUUAUCAUGAAAAAUUAAAAUGUCCACCCAACCGUUUUGUGAGAUUAUGAUAACAACCAUAUGAUUUCCCUAUCUACAACAAAUCAAUCAAUGUAAAUUAUACAUAGUAUACUCAUUUACCUCAAAAAUAUGGGUGUGGUGGAAAAGACAAGGUGUGGUGGAAAUAAAAUAAAAAACGUAUGAAAACAAUAUUUUAUUGCAAACAUUUUGAACUAAAACCAUUGUUCAACAUAUAAUUAAUAUAAGACAAAGUAAGAUUCCAAAAGUAGCCGAUGGGCAGAGCUCAAGCAUUUGUGGUAUAUCCAAAACAGGUGUGGAGGGUCACCUGCUUGUGAGAAUCACCAAAGUGAACUGCCUGGAUUUCUCUGGUGUAUUUACACAGGUAGUUCUCUGCAAAGUCAAUAUGCACGAUGAUCUCCUCUUUCCGCAGAUUCUCUUUUAAUUCUCUCAGUUUGGAGUAUUGGUGUUGAAUGUUGUACACGUGUUUUCCCAACUUCUCUUUCAAUCCUUUGGAGAAGUCCUCCAGUAGAAUCUGCAGUGUGCCACACACCUUUUCUUUUACUGUCAAAUGUACAGUGAACUUCUCCAUGUUUCUCUCUCUCUUCAGCUUUGUUUUUCCACUCAAACCACCAUGUCUGCUCACCAGCAUCAAAGUCAGAUGUUUAAGCUCUUUUGCUUGGCAAAGGGAGCACUCUCUGUACAUGCACUCUUUCUUCAGGUUUUGAAAAAUGUAUGCACUCACUAACUGUAAGUCGCUAUGGAUAAGAGCGUCUGCUAAAUGACUAAAAUGUAAAAUGUUCUCACAGCACAAAGACUCAAUAAGGUUCUCAAUGUAGUUUUUCCACCAUGAACUGGAGGUUGGCGUGGGUUUUGCAGAGGCAUGUGUCCCUAUCCUGGACUGUUGGCUUGACAACCCAAAAAGGAUGUCUUUUGCAGAAUUCAUAGUAGGAAAUUUGAAUAUCUGAAUAUUCCAUCUUAAACUUCAGAUAAAGGAGUAUGAAAAAUGAAUGCACUCACUAACUGUAAGUAGUUCUGGAUAAGAGCGUCUGCUAAAUGACUAAAAUGUAAAUGUAAAAUGAAUUGUUCCAUUCAAGAAGCGCUUCUGCUUUUUCUUCUUGUUCCUCGUUAGUGUCCCUUUUCCCUGUUGUUGCUCUACUGUUGUCAUCAUGUUCAUAGAAUCUAGUGAUUUUCUCUUCUGUGGCUGUGCUAAUUCUGUUACACUGCUUUUUCCUGGAGUAUUGAAGACUUGUUGGCCUGUUUUCAUUUGCCCUCAUUGCUUUUGCUGAAAAUCAAAAUUCUCUGUUUGCGGCUUUGACUAGGCCAUACUUUCUCAGGAUGUUGCCUCUGAGCAUUUUUGAAGCCACUUGUUUGUCCUUGGCACUGCGCAUGUUUUGAUACUUUUGCUUUAACUCUGCAAUGAUGGCAUUUUGAAACAAUAAAAUCCUUCUCAAGUGAUUUGAUAUUGAGAUAAAAAUGGCUGCAUUGGUACUUUAAGAAAUAAGUUGACAUAAUUAGAAAUAAGAUAUUCUCCUCUUUUCUACUGUAGGUACUGUAUGUAAUUCAAAAUUAGUUUAUUCUGUUAUGCUAGCGAUAUUCCUUUUUUUUAUGCUCUCUCACAAUGUGUUCUCCAACUCAUAAAACAUUUCAGAAAAAGGCUCAGUGCCGUUAUCCUUGCAAGGUAAGCUAUUGAAAGGUACUAAACAAAUGAUUACUUGUUAAACAAAAUCUCUUUCUCUGAGCAAUUGUAUUAGUAUAAAAUAAUAUAAUUUCUACUUUUUCAGGGCAUACAACAUAGCUCAGUAUUUGAAAUAUUUAUUUUAUACAUUUUUGCUAAUCUUUAUCAAGGGUGUCAAUAAUUUCAGGCCCCACACUCUCAAUACAAAAAUACAAAAAACAUACAAUAAAAUACCAUGUAAAAAAGUUCCUUUGAAUUAUGAACUUCAGAGCUUGUGGUUCUCACUGAAAGCUGUGAAAAAGUGCCUGAUGACAUCUUCAUAAGAAAUGCAGCAUACACUCUGGUUUCUGAAGGGAAGAGAGAGCAUAAGUUACCACAAUAGAUAUAAGAAAAGGUAAUUCUAUCAUGGAAACAGCUACUACUGCUGGUUCUCAGGGUUUCCGUUCAUGCAUACAUUAAAUACUUUUAUCCGUCGUAUACUCUCUGGUCUGAUUUGUGGUAUAAUACCUUUUUUCUUUGCUGUUUAAAGUAUUUUAACAUAUAAAAUGAAGUAUUUGAAAUUGUAUUGAUCUCGCAUACACUUAAUUUCUCUCCCUUUCUUUUUACAGACCCAAAAGACUGCUCUCUGUAGUAAAAGUGAGAUCUCAUCUGUGCCGAGGGACCUACCGGACAACAUAGAGGAACUCCACCUGACACAUAACCACAUUCAGACGCUACAAGAUGACUCCCUCUCCCGCUACAUCUUCCUUCGCACUCUGAGCUGUGCAGAAAACCGCUUGGAGACAGUGGGGUCAAAGUUCUUUCACAACUCACCUCAUCUAGAGAGCCUCAAUCUAGCUGCCAAUAAACUUCACGUUGGAUACCAGCAAACUAGCAUGGCGCUGCUCACCCUGUCUGGACUCAGAGUUCUGGAUCUGUCAGAAAACCAGCUUACGGAUGACAUGGCCUCCGUCCUCCUCCAGAAUAUGACGUCCCUGGAGUACCUCAACCUUUCCAGGAACCUCCUGCAAAGGCUGGACGAAAGCUCCUUCAGCGACCUCCACCAGCUCAGAGAGCUGGACCUGCAGAGGAACAUGCUGUUUGAGAUCGUUGGGGCCUUCGAUCACCUGCACAAGCUCCAGAAACUAAACCUGGCCUUCAACUACCUGCCCUGCCUUGUGGACUUCAACAUGACCCAGCUGGUUGUGCUCAACGCCAGUCACAACGUCAUUGAGUGGUUCAUAGCCAACCAGGACCUCCAGGAAACCUUCCAGCUGGAGACCCUGGAUCUCACCGACAACAACCUCCUUUUCUUCCCCUUCCUGCCCACCCAGAGCCGCCUGAGGAACCUCUAUCUGUCCCAGAACAUGUUGAGCUUCUACGAACACCUGGCAGACACAGCUGGCUACCUAAACUGGACCACCAGUGUCCAGUUCUACAACCUGAGGGGCAACGUGAGCAAUGUCACGGCCCAGCUGUGGGACGAGAGCCUGCACGGCGACAUCUCCUCUCUAGACCUGCUGGAUCUCAGUGGAAAUCAGGUGGGCUACUUCCCCCAAGGGUUUAUCAGCAAAAUGCCUAGCCUGGCCAGACUCAGGAUGCAGACAAACUGUCUCAAGGUUUUAAAUCUAACACUGGAAAAACUUCCGGGGACGUUGUACGAGUUGGAUUUGAGCAACAAUAGAUUAACGGAGCUCCAUGCUGACCAAGGUAGUUUAAGUGAGUUAGGCAACCUGAGCUAUCUCAACCUGAGCCAGAAUGGCCUGCAGAGUCUACCUCCUAGACUGUUCUCCUCACUCACCAGCAUCAGCUCUGUGGAUAUCAGCUUUAACAGAGUUGGCAUAUGCUCCCUUGAGAAAGGGGGCGGGAACAUGGGUGGGGGUAACCAAUCAGACUGUGUCGUUUGGAGAAACAUCAUCUCUCUGAGACAGCUCCACCUAUCAGGGUGCAACCUGGGGAGGCUGCCGUCGUCAGCGUUCGCAGGGACACCUCUAACACACCUGGAGCUGUCUAAUAACCCAGAACUCAUCAUCGGGCACAGCUCGAUAGUAGGCCUCAGCAGAACUUUACACCAUCUAGGAUUGGGAAACACAGGCCUGAGAGACUUUGACUUCUCUCCUUUCCACUACUUGAAGUCUUUGAACAUUUCCAGAAACUCUCUUACUCAGCUCCCUGCUUCACUGCUACACCUGGAGCUGAGGCUGCUGGACCUGAGGGACAACAAACUGAACACUCUCCCCUUAGAUCAGGCUAACACAUUAGCCUUGAAACUACACACUGUUUUUCUCAAUGGAAACACUUUCAACUGCUGCCAGUUGGACUGGUACAGGACAUUUGAGAGGGCGAAAACAGUCAAUAUCAUUGACCUCUCAGACAUUUCAUGUCAGGAUCUGACAAAAAGGACACACAGAGUGGUGCUUUUAGACCCUGUAAUAUGUGGUGGGAGUGAGGAGGAGUCUGUGUACUGGUACAUCCUGUUGUUUAUCGUACCUGUCCUCUGCCUGGUUGGGAUUUCUGUCAUCUUCCUGCUCACUUUCAGGCCCAGACUGCUUCCCAAGGCCAUUAAAAAGAAAUGCUGGAGGCCCACGUCAUACUGA